GUGCUUCUGGUGCAGUAAAACAGAUCAAGAAAACGCAGAGCAAUGGCGGAAGUGCAGAGAAGGGGAAGACCGUUGCCUCCUCCUCCAGCGAGAGUCCCACCGGGUCCUCCUCCCCUCAGAAUGGGCCCUCGGGUCCAACCCGUUGACCGUGAAAAGACUUGUCCACUCUUGCUUCGCGUUUUCACCAAGAUUGGAGGCCAUCAUAGUGAUAAUGAUUUUGCCGUGAGAGGCAAGGAACCUAAAGAUGAGGUCCAGAUCUAUACAUGGAUGGAUGCUACUCUGCGUGAAUUAACUGAUCUGGUUAAAGAGGUAGCUCCAGAAGCAAGACGAAGAGAUGCAAGUUUGUCAUUUGCUUUUGUGUAUCCUGAUAAACGAGGGCGGUUUGUGGUUAGAGAGGUGGGGAGAACGUACUCUUAUCCAAAUGGGAGACGACCUGAUAGUGGCAGCAAAAGCUUGAGUGAACUAAAAUUUCAGAUUGGAGAUUACUUGGAUGUGGCUAUCACGUUCCAGUGACCUGUAACAGUACCCGCAUUAAAAAUAGAACCAUCUUAGCUUGUAGUAUACUUUGUGUUCCUUUUCUUAACUUCCCUAUCCUUGAUAUGUAUGUAGCCCCACUUAUGCAUUAGUUCAUUAUAUGCUCUGGGCUAAUGCUACCUUUUUCUGUAAAAUUAACAUCAAAUCCAGUGUGUCGAUGCAUUCCAGACCUAUAUCUUGUAUUCGUUUAUAUCUGCAAGAUGGUUUAAGUAACAAGUAUCUAAGGGUUUUUUCUAACCCAUUGAA